CGCCGUACGGCCCACAAAUCCCGAGGCUGCGAGGCCCGGGCCGUCCAGACUCCGGGAGGUAAUGCCCCGGAAGGCGGGGAACGUGGACGAGGCCGGGGCCGCGGCGGAGGAGGUGGACGCGGAGGAGGUGGGCCCUGAGGAGUACGGCGGGGAGGAGUCGGGCGCCGAGGAGUCGGGCCCGGAAAUGUCCGACCCCGAGGAUCCCGGCGCCGAGGAGGAGAUGGAGGCCGGGCAGCCGCGGCCGGUGCUGCGCUCGGUGAACUCGUGCGAGCCGUCCCAGGUCAUCUUCUGCAACCGCAGCCCGCGCGUCGUGCUGCCCGUGUGGCUCAACUUCGACGGCGAGCCGCAGCCCUACCCGACGCUGCCGCCCGGCACUGGCCGCCGCAUCCACAGCUACCGCGGUCACCUUUGGCUUUUCCGAGACGCAGGAACAUAUGAUGGGCUUCUGGUUAACCAGACUGAACUAUUUGUGCCAUCUCUCAAUGUUGAUGGACAGCCUAUUUUUGCCAACAUCACGCUGCCAGUGUACACGCUGAAGGAGCGCUGCCUCCAGGUUGUCCGGAGCCUCGUCAAGCCCGAGAACUACAGGAGACUGGACAUCGUGAGGUCGCUGUACGAGGAUCUGGAAGACCAUCCGAACGUCCGGAAAGACCUGGAGCGGCUGACACAGGAGCAUUUUGAAAACCAGCGGAUGGAAGGGGAGACGGAAGAUUCGAAAUCAAAUUCGCACUCCUGAGUCUCAGCCUUUGGUGGUACUGACUAGUCUCGGUCUUCAUUUAGUACUGGUCACUUACUCUCAGAUUCAAGGUGUCUCAUUCCCGGAGGAGAAAGUCCUCCAUUGCUUACAGGAAGGGUAGCUGCCUUCACCAGGCACUGUGAUGUGCAGGGGCAAAUGUCACAGACUGUAAUUUCAUGCCCGCCCCUUCUACGCGGAUUCCAGUGGUCACCGAGUCAUUGCAUUUUUGCCUGCUACUAAGUCAGGAAAGUGUGUGUAAGGACUUUUGUGGAAGUAAUUCAGUGAGAAUUAUAGCAUAUUCUCCAAUUGUAAGAAAGCGGUGGCGUCUGCUUUUCAUUUGCUGUGUUGUGGUUGGUGACGUGUCCGCCUCCCACUUUGAGAAGCCACGCGUGUCCCUGAGGCAGGGACAAGUCUGUCUUCUCGUUGAGACCCCAGUGCCUCACACAUUAUGAGCCUUCAGUCAGUGUUUGUUGAAGGAACAAACCAGUGGGUACUUUGGUAGAAAGCGUUGGGAAGGUGUGCCCUUUUUUGGGGGGUGGGGAGGUGGGGCCUUACAGUGUGUGCCGUCAGCAAGUGUUUUAAAGGGAACCACUUUUAUAGAAAGCACUUUUUAUAACUUUCUAAAUUUUGUGCUCUUCUCGGUCCGCUGCUGUUGCCGUGCUGUUCCGCUUGUUUCUAGACCAGGAUUAGCUUUCUACAGUCACUGCGAUGAUCGCUUCUUUUUAAACGUGACAUCUGAACCGAAGAUGGGAGAAAAUCCCUGUCCUCUCGUUUAAUUCUAAUGUUAACGUACCGCAAACAGGUUUUUGCUAAGUGUGGGCAUUUCUGCCACUUUUUGGAAAUCCGUUACAUUUCUGUCUGGCUUAGCAUUUUAUUUUUUUUUUAAUGCUGCCAGCAUUUUAACCAGGGGCCAGUGGUUUGGGGGCGCUGGGGACCACCCAGAAGAGCCGCUCUCGGGUUCAUCUGGGCUCACAAGGCUGCCUGGUUAGCAUUUUUCCUCAGGCAGGACCUGGUGAGACUGCGCCCCUGGCCGGGAGAGAGAGGGGGCGGCGGCCCCCCGCUCUGGGACAUUACUCUGAGCACGGAACGGACUCACGGAGUAGCUGAGAAGGUUUUCCAGCCUCACGGGUGUGCAAAGCCUUUCUUACAGACUGGACUUAAACUGACGAACUCACAUGCAGUACUUCUAUCAGUCGUCUUCUUCUUUUUUUUUUGGUAACUAAUAGUUAAAAAGAAAAUGCCCCCAGUAGAGAACAUUUUGGUAAAGAUAGUAAAGUAAAAGAAAGGAAAAAAAAAAAAGAUCACUGUAGAUACACUACUUGAAAACAGCCACUAAACAUUUUGAAUGUUUCGCCUCUUUGAGGGCACCUUGUGGUUUGGUUUGGGUUUUAGCUACUUAAAAUCAUACUGAAUAUACGGUUUUGUACUUGGCCUUGUCAGUUACGACUUUACAACUUAAACAGCUCCCCGUGGUAUUAGAAGCCCUUUUCAGACGUUAGUGUGGGCUUCCUUUGAUAAACAGCAGGGUACUUUUUUGGUGUCGUAGCUUCUGCGCUAACCGAUGAGCACAGUCCCCGCUGUCUGAGAGCAGCGUCAGCACGACAGCGCCCCGCAGCUGGGGAGAAGCAAGUGCUGGCAGGGGGGGUGGGCAGCCGUGCUCAUUUGAGGCUGGGAUGGGGGGUGUCAGGACGUCUGCUCCUGCAGGAUGGAUUCACCGUUGGUUUCAUUUUGUCUUUAACCGGUCUUUGUGUCCAGAUGCGAUUCGUGUGAAAACAUGUAGAUUGAGGGCUGUGGGGUUUUUUUUGUGUCGUCCAGGAGGAUGAAACCCUGUCGCAUGAAUAAUUUGUUUUUCAUUUGAAAUCUUCCUGUAUUAAAUGUAUUGCUCUUAAGAGACUGUGAUGUUUCCUAUUUUGACUUUUAACAAAAACUGUUCUUUAAGACAUUAAAUGGUGCUGGGUAAAGACCAUCGGUA